UCUUACUUUUUGCUCUCGGUAUAUUGAUGACAUGGAGACUAGAUUUAACAGGCCUAGUCGUCUUUGUUAUGAUCCCCCUUAUGAAAUGUCUUCAGUCUUGCCCAAGUUAGGUACUCCACAUGGAGGUCAUUCAAACUUCAAUUUAACUAAAAUAGAGAAGUUGCAAGCUCAUCGUUAUGUGGUUUUCAAUCGCGAAGGUGUGAAACCAUAUAUCAACGCCUUUAGAGACCACAUUAGGAGAACUUCAAAAGGAAGAAGACUCUCACCUGCGGAGAUAGAAAAGAAAGUUAAUAAAGACUUUGUUGAUUGGUUUCAAGCAUUGAGUGUGAAUCCAGAUAAUCCAUACGAAAUGUCAACUGAUAUAAAGUUUCUUGCACGAGGCCCAAUGAUGAAUGCAAGGAGAUUUUCUGUUUAUGACAUCAAUGGAUUAAUUCACACGGGUGAGCGUGAAGAACAUGAACCUUAUAUUGAAGCAUCUCAAGCACAAAUGGUGUAUUAUGUUGAUGAUAUGGUAAAUAAAGGGUGGAGUAUUGCUAUGCAUGUCAAGCCAAGGGAUAUGUAUGACAUGUGUCAAGGAAAUGAAGAUAUAGUGUACGAAAAAUGAGCCAUAUCAAGAGCAAGAACUUGAACAAUUAUUUGACCCCAAUAAUGAGUACAUCCAAUUAGCUACCAAUUUAUUAGAUAGCGAUGCUAUUGAAGAUAAUGUAGCUACUAACUUGGCAAGGGAUAUGUUUGAAUGAAAAUUUGUUCAAAAUUUUACCAAAGGUAACAUUUUAAACUUUUUAUUUAUUAUGUGCUUGACAUUUUACCAAAAGUUGAUGAUGUUAUUAAUUAAUAGUAUUUAU